AUGUACUUGCUGGUCAAGGGAUUGAUGUUGUCUGUGCUGGGACUUGUCAAGUUAUCAUAUUGCAAAAAAACUCUAAAAAUCGAUGGUAGUGCAUGCCAGACAAUGAUGGUGAUUUCAUCAACGCCAUGGGCGAUCAAGGGUUCCAUUGGGGUUUUGGCUGAUGCUUACCCGCUCUUCGGGUAUCACAAGGCGAGUUAUAUUCUGGUGGCAGCAGUAAUCGGUUCGAUCGGCCUCUUUGCAUUGGCGACUUUCCCUGUAACAUCAGCAGCACUUUCUGCUAUCUUGCUUUUUUCAGUCAAUUUGGAGAUAGCGACCUCAGACCUUCUUUGCGAAGGAAAGUAUGCCGAACUGAUGCAAACAAAACCCAAAACAGGCUCGACCAUGGUCAGCUAUGUGUGGGGCUGCUUCCAGAUCGGUAGUUUGGUGGCAGCUAUGUUCGUGGGUCCUCAACUUAUUGUGUACAAGGUUCUCUUCUGGGUUUUGUUGCCCCUUGCGGUUAGCAUCAUCAUCCCGACCUCAUUGGGAUAUUUGGCUGACGAGAGAGUGGCACCUGAGAAGGAAGGGAUUGACAUGGAGCUUAUCAAGACUUAUCCCUACAUUGUUGCUUUUUGCAUCAUCAUGGCAGCCGUUGCGCUCGGAAAUGCUGCCAUCGAUAUUUUCUUUUUUGAAGAGCACUUUUGGCAAAUGGUCUAUGCGAUCUCCUGCUCUGUCUUUCUUAGUGUACUCGCUUUUCUUUGGCUACCCAGGCAACUGGCCAAGUGCAACUUUUACAUGUUCAUGGCUUCUGUUUUGUAUCUGAACAUUAGCGGAGCUCAAGAUUUUUGGUUUACAGCCGACGAGCAAUGUGUUCCAGGUGGACCUGCUUUCGACUACACCUAUUACAACACGUACACGUCAAUCGUGGGAGCCUUCACUGGAUGGGUUGGAGUUGUGAUCUUUCAAAAUUUUAUGAGCGGAUGGACUUUCCGUACACUCUUCUGGGUUACAACAGUAUUGCAAUGUGUUGCAUCAGCAUCGGACUUGAUUAUAAUCAAUCGCCUCAAUAUUGCUUGGGGAAUUCCCGACAAAUGGUUCUACAUGUUUGGGGAUGCAGUGAUUGGUCCUGCAGUGAUGAUGUUUGCACUCAUGCCAGCUGUGGUUUUGACUUCAAAGCUUGUCCCGAAGGGACUUGAAUCAACGACCUAUGCAUUGUUGGCUGGUUUUCAAAAUUUUGGGGGGGUUGUAUCCAAUCAAAUUGGGCUUUAUGCGACACAGUUCGCAGGUGUCAAGACGGAGGCUCCAUGCAACUUUGACAAUCUUGGCUGGCUAGUGGGAAUUUCACAUUGUUUGCUCCCGCUUUUAGCUAUCCCCCUCACUUUCAUCCUCAUUCCAAAUAAGCUCAUGACGGAGAUGAUCAUAGAAGACGAAGCGAGUGAGCCUACGUUGCUGCAGGGAGCACUGGGGAAAGAUGAAGGUCGAUACAUCAUUAGAAAACUCACAUUUUGUGAAUGA